AUGCGCCACUGGUCCGGUCGCACCCGGUGGGGUCUGCCGGGCGUCCACGGGUUCUUCGCCGGCAACGACUGGGAGUUUUUCCGCGUGCUUCGCCCCGGCGACGCCGUGAACUGCGUGGAGCGCGUGCUCGACGUGCAGGAAAAGCAGAGCGCCUACUCCGGUCGUCUGGUCAUCCAAUACGUGGAAACCACCUAUUCCAACCAGCGGGACGAGGUCGUAGCCCGCGUCGUCGGCUGGUGCACCCGCCACCAGCGUCGCGCCUCCCGCGAGCGGGGCAAGUACGCCGACGUGCCCAAGCGCCACGAGUACACCGAAGACGAACUUGCGAGCAUCGACGAACGGGUUCUUAACGAAACGGCGCGAGGGGGGCAACCUCGCUACUGGGAAGAUACCGAGAUUGGCGAGGAGUUGCCCACCGUAGUGCGCGGCCCGCUGUCACUCCAGGACGUGAGCGCGUUCCUCGUCGGCACUGGGCGUUCCAGCGCGCACGGCGUGCUUUUGCGCGAAGCCCUGCGCCAUCCCGAUCACUUCUUCCGCAACCCGGAGUCCGGCGGUGGCCUGGAGUACACCGGCAUUGGCCACCUGCGCGACUCCGUUGCUGAGGCGGUGGGCGUCCCCGGCGCCUACGAUUACGGCCCGCAACGGGUGUCCUGGCUCGGAACCCUGAUGACCAACUGGAUGGGCGACGACGCUUUCCUCAAGCGUCUCCGGGUCGAGACGCGGCGUUUCAACGUCUACGGCGACACCCAGUUCUGUCGUGGCCGCGUCGCCCGCAAGUACAUAAACAACGGCAACGCGCUGGUGGACGUGGACAUCUGGGCCGAGAACCAACGCGGCGAAAUCACCGCCCCCGGCAUGGCCACCGUGCUUCUGCCCUCCCGUGACCCCCGAAACCCGUGGUUCACCGAUGGCAGCCAACUGUCGCUCCGAGACGUUACCCUGCCCGAAGAAACGCCGCCGAUCCUGCCGGUGUGA